AUGCCCCAAAGACAAGGCUUGCAGAAUCACACAGCCGGACAUGGAUUUCUUCUUCUGGGAUUUUCUGACCAUGCCAACCUGCAAGACUUGCACUUCACAGUCUUCCUGUUCAUCUAUCUCAUGGUCCUCGUAGGGAAUGGCCUCAUCGUGCUCAUCACUGGGGUAGACCCAAGCCUCCACAGCCCCAUGUAUUUCUUCCUGAGGAACUUAUCCUUCCUGGAAAUCUGCUAUACAUCAAUCACUCUGCCAAAAAUGCUGCUGGCUUUCCUGACGGAAGAUGGCUGGAUCUCUUUCCUUGGCUGUGCUGCCCAGCUGUAUUUCCUGGUUUUGCUGGGAAGCACCGAAAGCCUUCUCCUGGCUGCCACGGCCUACGAUCGCUAUGUAGCCAUCUGUGACCCCCUGCACUAUACCCUCAUCAUGAAUGGGGGGCUCUGUGUCAGACUAGUAGUGGGGUCAUGGGUGGCUGUCAUACCAGUACAAGUAGGGCAGACUUACCAGGUGUUCACUUUGCCCUUCUGUGCAUCCCGUGACCUUCAUCACUUCUUCUGUGAUGUGCCCCCUCUGUUGGAACUGGCCUGUGCAGACACUUUCUGGAAUCAAGUGAUGCUACACACCAUUAUCCUGGUAUUUGCAGUCCUUCCCUUUUCCUUGAUAGUUUUUUCUUACACUCAAAUUGUCAGGGCUAUGCUGAAAAUGCCUUCAGUUCUGGGCAGACACAAAGCCUUUUCCACCUGCUCCUCACACCUUGGGGUGGUGACUCUCUUCUACGGCUCGGCCAUGGUUGUGUACUUCAAACGACGGUCAACUGACUCUGCAGAUACUGACAAAUACCUUGCCCUGUCUUACACAAUUGUGACCCCCAUGCUUAACCCUGUCAUCUAUAGCCUAAAGAAUAAGGAAGUGAGACUUGCCCUGAAGAGACUCCUGUUGAGAAAGUGA